UUUCUUGAGGUGCUGAAGAACUGGCCUGAGAAGACUAUUAAAGUUAUUGUGGUUACAGAUGGUGAACGUAUUUUGGGACUUGGAGACCUUGGAUGUCAGGGUAUGGGAAUUCCUGUAGGCAAACUUGCUCUUUAUACAGCUUUAGGAGGACUUCGUUCGUCUGAAUGUUUACCCAUUACAAUUGAUGUGGGGACAAACAAUGAAGAGUUACUAAACAAUGAGUUCUACAUUGGUUUAAGACAAAAGCAUGCUAGAGGCCAGGAAUAUGAUGACCUUCUCCAUGAGUUUAUGUGUGCUGUUAAGCAACAAUAUGGCGAGAAAGUCCUAACUCAGUUUGAAGACUUUGCCAACCAUAAUGCAUUUGAUUUGCUAGCAACAUAUAGCAAGACACAUCUCGUCUUUAAUGAUGACAUGCAGGGAACUGCCUCUGUGGUUCUUGCUGGACUUGUUGCAUCAUUAAAAUUGGUUGGAGAGACCUUAGCAAACCAUACCUAUUUGUUUCUUGGGGCUGGAGAGUUCACAAAGCGGAGUACUCUGAAGAAGAAAUUAAUGAAGUGCGCUAUGAGAUAG